UCCAUUUUUCUCCUUUCUCUGCAUCUUUUUUUUUUUUUUUAUGUUUCAAUGGUCGACCUUCAAGACCCACAACAAAAUCCUCCUCCUCCUCUUCUUGUACCUCAUCUUCUCUCAAAUCGUGAACCUAUCAGUCUCUUCUAUAUUCAUCCAAAUAAAAACCCUUCUCUUGUUUUGGUUUCACCGGUCUUGGAUGGUUCGAAUUUUCAUGCAUGGGACUGUGCUAUGUGCAUUUCGUUGGAGAUGAAGAACAAAUUCGGUUUCAUUGAUGGCACAAUGAAGAAACCAGAUUCUCAAGGCUCCAAUUUUUUUGUUUUGGAAGCGUUGCAAUACUCUCAUUAUAUCUUGGCUUUAUCAUUCGAUUUCUCUUAAGAUUGUGAGUAGCAUUUUAUGGAUUGACGACGCUUCUUCUGUUUGGCAAGAACUCAAAAAUUGGUUUUCUCAAGGUGACUUUGUUAGAAUAUCUCAAAUCACUUCAUAUCUCUCUUCCAUCAAGAAAGGUGAUUCUUCUGAUACAACCUAUUUCAUGAAUCUGAAGAAAAUCUCUGACGAGCCCUUCAAUUUUCGUCCUAUUCUGCCGUGUUCCUCUUCUUUAACUGGUUGUUGCGACACAUUUACAACAGUCUCUCAAUAUCGAGAUCACAAUCUUAUUUUGUCUUUCUUGCAAGGUCUCAAUGACAAUUACUAUGCGAUUCGUUCCCAAAUUCUUCUUGUUGAUCCUCUUCCUCCUCUUACAAAUAUUUAUUCCAUGAUUUUACAACAAGAACGUCAAUUGAACGUUGGAAACAAUCGAAUUUUGUGUGAUCCUACUAUUUUGGCUGUUGACACCCGAAAUUCCUCUGCCAAAUACUUCCCUGGUAAACCUAAACCAAAUUUUAAACCCAAUUUUGGAAAACAUCAUAACCCUAGGUUAUUUACUAAUUGCAAGAAAACAAAUCAUACCAUUGAUAAGUGUUUCUUUCUCCAUGGUUUUCCUCUUAGGUACCAAACCAAGAAAGUGGUUAAUACAAAAGUGGCUCAUUCAAAGAAGGGCAUCUCAUUGAAUCAACGCAAAUACAUCUUGGAAUUGUUUAAUGACAUGGGACUUCUACAUUGCAAGCCUGCCUCUACUCAUAUGCUGCCAAAUUUGAAGUUGUCUAAAGAUGAUGGCUCACCUUAGCUAGAUCCAAAACAGUAUCGCAGACUCAUUGGUCGCUUGCUUUAUCUCACACAUACCAGGCCAAAUCUCUCCUUUUCUACUCACAAACUUAGUCAAUUUGUAUCAAAUCCUAUUUCUUCACAUUUUCAUGUUGCUACUCGUAUUCUUCAUUAUAUUAAGGGCUGCCCCGGAAAAGGUUCAUUCUUCUCUUCUUCUUCAACAUUUCAACUUUUAGUGAUAGUGACCGAGCAGCAUGCCCCGAUUCCAGAAAAUCAGUUACCGACUUCUCCAUAUUUCUUGGUUCUUCUCUUAUUUCAUGGAAGUCUAAAAAGCAAAUUGUUAUUUCUCGCUCUUCAUCAGAGGCUGAAUAUCGCACUUUAGCUCACACUACUUGUGAAACUCAGUGGCUAAUUUAUCUCCUUCAAGAUCUUAAGCUUCAUUUUUCUACACCAGUUCCAAUUCUCUGCGAUAGUAACUCAGCUAUUCAAAUUGCUCGAAAUCCUAUCUUUCAUGAACAAACCAAACAUAUUGAGUUGGACUGUCAUUUGAUUCGUGAGAAAUUGCAACAUGGCGUCAUUCACCUUCUACAUGUUCCUUCUUCUGCUCAACUCGCUGACAUUCACACCAAAGUCUUACCACUUACUUCUUUUCCUUCUAUUGUUUUCAAGCUGCCCCUCAUUGACAUAUAUAAUUCCAGCUUGCGAGGGACUGAUGCAGAUACUCUUACUUAGUCAAUUUUCAAUUUUGUUUGUUUUUCUACUGUAACUAUUUUCCCCUUUUUAUCUUUUUGUAGUUAGUAUGCUUACCUGAAAGAUAGUUGUAAACACUUUGUAUAAAUAGCCUUUAGCUAUCUCUUUUUUAAUAAGAUUAGAGUUUCUAUUAAUCUAAAACAUCAUAAAUCUUCAAUAACAUUUAUGGUUGGUUUGACCAUGUA